AUGUCUCAGGCACAAGGCAGUCAGCCAGAGAGCAGCAGCGCUGCCGCUUCUCGCACCUACGACGACGCCAUCGGUGCGCUCAAUUCGUUGCAGAGCAAUGCCGCUACCAUUGAAGCGCUUCGAAAGUCUGGCGGUCGCUUGCUCGACUUUGCCAUCCCUGAGAUGGUCGAGUAUCUCGAACGUAUCGGAUACAACACGUCAGACUUGGAUCGUCUCAACGUCAUCCACAUCACCGGCACUAAGGGCAAGGGCAGCACAUCCGCGUUCGUGGAUUCGCUUCUUCGUCAGCUCACUCACGUGCAAGCAUCGUCGCCGCCAAAAGUGGGACUAUACACAUCGCCUCACAUGACCAGUGUACGCGAACGCAUUCGCAUUAAUGGCCAACCCGUCUCACACGAGCUCUUUACUAAGUACUUCUGGCAGGUCUGGGAUAGGUUGGAGGAGAACCCAACACGCAAAUUCGACUUGACACCACUGCGACCCGUCUACUUUCGUUUCCUGACGCUGCUCGCAUUCCACAUCUUCCUGUCAGAAGGUGUGCAACCGGUCAUCCUGGAAGUAGGUAUUGGUGGAAAGUACGACUCGACCAACAUUGUGCCGAAGUGCGUUGUAGCCGGCAUCACACAACUUGGGCUGGAUCACACCGCCGUUCUGGGAAACACGGUAGAAGAGAUCGCAGUACAGAAGGCAGGAAUCUUCAAACCUCAAGCUCCUGCAGUGUGCUGGGCACAACAACCAGGGAAGGCUUUGGACGAGGUCAAGAGAAUAGCAAAGGAAGUCGAUGUCAGCGAUCUCACAAUAGUGGACAUACACCCUGGUCUUCUUCGAUCCGAAGCGACGGCGCUAGGCACAGAAGAUGCCAAGACAGUCAGCCUGGGUCUGCCAGGAGUACAUCAGCGAACCAAUGCGAGUGUUGCGCUUGAGCUUGUUAACGUUUAUCUGGAGUCGGAAGCUGGACGUGCAAUGUUCAAGGGUUCGGCAAGUCGUGCAGAUGCGCUGGCCGAUUGGCAGAAGAAGGGUCUGGAGGAUGCAAGGUGGCCAGGAAGGUGUCAGACGGUGCCCACUGCUCGAAAAGAUCUGGUUUUGACAUGGUACUUGGACGGAGCGCACACCACGGACUCGCUCAGCGUAUGCUUGGGCUGGUUCACAGCGAUACAGCAGAAGCACGCAGCUGAGAAGCGAAACAAGCGCAUCUUCGUGUUCAACUGCACCAAUGGUCGAAGUGUUCACGAACUCCUUUCUGCCGUUUUGGAUGCUGUUGAAAAGGGCCUUGGUGGCGACUCAGCAUCAACGUCAGAUGGCUCAAAAUAUGCACUUGCCAAGGACUACUUUGACGUAGCUAUCUUCACCACAAACAUCACGUUCGAAGGCGGCGGAUGGUCUUCCGAACUCACAUCCAAGCUGCUGGAUGAUUCGGACCUGGUCAAUCUGACAGUGCAAAAGCAACUCGCCGAGACAUGGAAGGAGCUCGUACCCGGUUCAUCGACUGAAGUCAAGAUCACACCGAGUAUUCAAGCAAUGCACAACCACGUGGUCAAAAUAGGAGGGGAGCAAGUCAAGGCUGGAGCGGGUGUCGACUGUUUGGUUUCUGGAUCGCUUCACCUGGUAGGUGGCGUGAUGGCGCAUCUGCAGCAGAGCGGAUGUUUGGACGACUCGCUUGUUUCGACUGUUCGUUCUUGA